AUGGAGGAAGUGAAAGGACAAAGAGGGAGUGGAACCACAGAGGCAGAUUUUGUGUUGCAAUGGGGAGAGAGAAAAAGAGUUAGAUGUAUGAAAGUGAAGAAAGAUCAAAGCCUUGCAAAUGGCAAAUCAACUGAUUGUUUAACUAAGCAGCGUAAACUCAUUUCUCGUGCUGUUUCUUCCGAGAGAGGCUCGCCUUCUCGACAUCUUAACCGUCAAAACAAGAUAACAGAUUCUCCUGUUAAUGUUCGAAGAUCGUUUAUGGCAUCGCCUGAGAAGGAAGAUAGGUAUUAUACAACGAGGGGUUCGAUGGGCAUAGAUGAGAGUGGAAAAACUAUAAAGGAAACUGUGAAGGAAACCAAGAAACAUGUGUGGCCAAAGUUGUUUAUAACUUUGUCAAAUAAAGAGAAGGAAGAAGAUUUCUUAGCUAUGAAAGGUUGCAAGCUUCCUCAAAGACCGAAGAAACGAGCCAAAUUGGUUCAAAAGACAUUGCUUUUGGUGAGUCCAGGUGCUUGGUUAUCAGAUCUAUGCAAAGAGAGGUAUGAAGUAAGAGAGAAGAAGACUUCAAAGAAGAGACCAAGAGGAUUGAAGGCAAUGGGAAGCAUGGAAAGCGAUUCGGAGUGA